AUGCGCAUAAGGCUGCCCUUUGCAGGAGCAUUCCUGUUCCUUCUCCUACUCGCCGGUUAUGCAGGUUUAACAUCCAUCCAAGUCGACGCAGUCAUUAACGACAAAGUCCUGCACACCACAACCUUCUUCAUCCUCACCGUCGUCUUCUAUUGGAUCCUCGAUACCAGUCGUCGAAGAAACCUCAACUUCACUUUAAUAAUCUGCACCGGGAUCCUUGGAGUCGGCUCCGAAUUCCUCCAGGGUUUCUUGCCCAAUGGUAGAACCUUUGAUUUCUACGACAUUGUCGCCAAUAUCGUAGGUUCGCUCGCGGGCGUCGCACUGUGUAGUUGGUAUCAUUUGCGGAUGUUAGAGCGUAAGAGAUUGGCAAAGACGUAUCAUGUUGUACCCGGAGAUGAAGAGCAAGAUUUGGAAUUGGGGGAGGGAGUGGGAGCACAGGAGAGUGGUGUGGCCGCGGCAUCGAGGACACUCGAUGAAGAAGUGGAUAAUUGGGAUGAGAAUAUGGAAGAUGCGUGGGAUGAGGAUGAGCAAGCAGACGUUGUGGACAGUGUCGAGGGCGAAGGGUUGAAGACGCCAAGUGCCAGCAGCACUGGUGAAGUCGACGGAGACCCAAAGAAAAGGGCAGUUUAA